AUGGAAAACCAAAAGAAGAAAGUUCCACCUUCUCGUUAUAUGCAACGCAGAGAAACUUCAGAUAAUAACGAACAGCGUAGAAGAGAUGUGGAAUCGAGGACACGUCCCGCUGAGUCUUCUGCGGAAAAGCCACGACGAGAAGAUGCUACCCAGCAAUCGUCUCAAAAUCUGGUGUACAAAAACUACUCGAACAAUAUUCCACGAAAUCGACGGAUGGUUAGCAAAAUGGAUUUUGUGAACGUCUGUCGGCAGCUGCUUGGUCCUGACAGUGACGAUGAGCAAAACUGCGAUGAAUGCCGAAUCUUAAGAAGUGGGCAACGCCUGUUUUUCCAAGCGAAAAUAAUUCUACGAAGUAGCGAUAAGGUAUGCAGUGAAGUGCGGCGUCGUGGUGACACUAAGCAUGUGGAUGAUCUUCUGCACAACAUCGUCCAUAAGUUCUUUUCGAGUACAAAUCUCUCAUCAGACGGAUGUGCUGUGUCUGGAUGCUUCGACAAAGAGUAUUCCGUGUACUGGGGAAGAAUUAAAGACAUCAAGAAACUUGCUUGGGCUCCGUGCAAAGUUCUUUCCAUUAAGCCAAUUUACCAGUGUUUGGUGGAGUUUCUGCUGCGUGGUCACAAAGUCAUCGUUCUUCUUCCUGCGUAUUAUCGCGAUGCAUCAUUCAACGAUUUACGGAGCAAGGUAGAUGAUGUGGAAGCCCUUAAUGUGCUCUUGAAUCUCAAACUAAUCCAGUUCAUCGAUAAUAGCGAAGGACGUCACAUUAUAGACGAAAUUAGAGCACAGGUUGACAAGGUGGACGCGUUGCUGGUGAGCUCGGGAUACUACGAUAGUAGGGAUGAGUGGCAGUUUUCUGCAUCUUCGACCUUCAAGUCAGCCGGGGCAACAUCCACAUUGCCUACCGCGUUCACACAGGCAUCCAAGCGAAUGUUGACACCGAUCUUCUUUGGCAGAAAUCAGGACAUGACCAUUGUAUACACUUUUUCAACGAAGGAAAGUGGGACAUGGAAGAGUAUCCCAGAGAAAGUUCUCUGUUAUUAUGAGCCUGGAAUGGAUUCGGAUAGAAAUAUCGACGAUGCGGGAAGGCUGUGCCAGCAGCUUCUAUUUGAAGAUCAGAUCAGAUUGUUGGUGGCUGUCAAAGACCUCUUUGAAUGGUCAUGUCUUCAUCGGCGUGGUAUUUCGGCUUUGCUUCGCCUCAACUUCCUUGCAAUGUCGAAAUUAUGCAGCUGA